AUGCCAUAUAAAGAUCGAGGCGAUCCUGGCACUCGCAGCGCAUCUGUGUCUGCCGCUCGUCGUCCUGAGUCUACAUUUGACAUAGAAGUGCCUCGUUCUCACUCAUACCCAUACUACCACCCGCCGCCAGCACACUUUGCUCGUCACAACAAUGGACCCGUCCCGGAAACACCCAUCAUCUAUGAGGAAGGACGGAGACCGAGUGCGCCUGUUACUUUUGCACGGUGGUUUAUAGAUGGCUUCAAACGCGACCCUGACGCACAGCUCAUCGCCAGGUCGACGCCGCUCGCAGAUCGAAAGGAAUUACAAGGCAGACACUUGCAAAUGAUCGCUAUCGGAGGGUCGAUAGGUAAAUCGCUUUCAACCGGCGGCCCUGCUGCAGUAUUGAUUGCUUUUCUGCUCGUUGGUGUGAUGAUAUAUACCACCGUCCACGCACUGGGUGAGAUGGCGGUUCUCUUCCCUGUCGCUGGCUCUUUCUCGGCAUACUCUACCCGCUUCCUGGACCCUGCAUGGGGCUUCGCGAUGGGCUGGAACUAUGCGUUGCAAUGGCUCGUCGUAUUCCCACUGGAGAUUGUGGCCGCUUCUGUCACAGUGUCAUAUUGGUCGACUUCCCUCUCGCCCGCAACCUGGGUGACAAUCUUUUAUGUCUUUAUCUUUGCGAUUAAUUUAUUUGGCGUCCGAGGGUACGGAGAGGCGGAGUUUAUCUUCUCAAUCGUCAAGGUUGUUGCUGUUGUGGGAUAUAUAAUUCUCGGAAUUGUGCUUAAUAUCGCCGGUGGCCCUGAGGGAGGCUAUAUAGGCGGCAUGUACUGGCGUGAUCCAGGUGCAUUCCACCAUGGCCUCAAGGGACUAUGCAGCUGUUUUGUCAAUGCUGCAUUUGCCUUCACAGGCACUGAAUUGGUCGGGCUCGCCGCCGCUGAGGCUACGAAUCCUCGGAAGACUCUCCCGACAGCUGUCAAACAAGUCUUCUGGCGCAUCGCACUUUUCUACAUCAUAGCCUUGACGAUAGUGGGACUUCUAGUGCCGUAUACAGACGAACACUUACUCAUGCCCGGCUCUGAUGCAACGUCGACAGAAUCCAAAGCUUCUCCAUUCGUCAUAUCGAUUAGGAACGCUGGUAUCGCCGGUUUGGACUCUGUAAUGAAUGCGGUCAUCAUGAUUUCUGUUCUCAGCGUCGGUAACUCGGCCAUAUACGGAUCCUCACGUACCCUGGCCGCACUGGCAGAGCAGAAACAAGCACCCCGGUUUCUAGCCUAUAUCGACCGCCGGGGAAGACCUAUCUUCGCUGUCGGGGUCGCCUUUGCAGCUGGCAUCUUAUCCUUUCUCGCUGGAUCAAGUCGCCGUGAUGAGGCAUUCACUUGGAUGAUAGCCAUCUCUGGCCUGUCCGCCAUCAUGACCUGGUCUUCUAUCUGCCUAGCGCAUAUCCGCUUUCGUCGCGGAUGGCAUGCCCAGGGCCACUCGUUGGAUGAGCUCACUUUUCGCUCCCAACCAGGCGUCAUAGGCUCUUAUAUCGGCCUAGCCUUUAACAUGCUAGUCCUUGUAGCCCAGUUCUGGGUCGGCCUCUUCCCCAUUGAACUGAAAGAUAAAUCCUCAAAGGGACACGCACAAAGCUGGUUCUCGGUCUACCUUGCCGCACCUAUCGUGCUGGUCUUCUAUGUUCCGUAUAAGAUAUGGUUCAGGACCUCGAUAGUGAGAGCCAAAGAUAUGGAUUUAAAGACCGGCAGGCGAGACAUGGAUAUCAGCGAUUUGAUUGCUGAGGAAAGAGAGGAGAGAGAACAGUGGCCAGCAUGGAAGAAAUUCUACAAGAUAUUCUGCUGA